AUGGUCGAUCUGUUUACUACACGCAUGCAAGUCGUGAUGUCAGAGAGCCAUACUCUUGAUGACACGGGAACUGAGGCAAAUGUUCCUGGUCCAACCAGGACUGAGCUAGGAGCUGGGGCUGUUGACGGAGCUGUGCAAGGAGAAGAAGGAGAGGAUGAGGCUGGUUCUCAACCUAUGAAACCCUAUGUUGGCAUGAGGUUUGACAGCCUUCAAAUUGCUAAGUAUCACUACAACAGCUAUGCAUUACGGAUGGGUUUCUCUACCAAGAUGAACACCUCUAGACGGGCACCCCGCACCAAUGAAUUGAUAAAACAACAAUUUUGCUGUAACAAGUUCAAGAAGCCCAAAGCUGAUGAUGGAGGAGUUGAGGCUCCUCCUGUCCUGGACCCUAUUCCAGAUCCAAAAUCUGUUGACAGUGAUGAGGAGAUGGAAGAAGAACCUCCAAUAUUUGUUGAAGAGGAGGCUGGUACUAGUAAGAAGAAGAAGAAGCGCAAACGCGAGACAAUAAAGCAGACUGAAUGCAAGGCGAAAAUGUUGGUGAAGCUGAUAGAUGGGCGAUGGGAGGUGACACACUUUGUUCCUGACCACAAUCAUCCACUCGUGAAUAAACCUUCAUUGUCCAAAUAUUUGAGAUCCCACCAAGGCAUCUCAUCUGAUGAAAAGGAGUUUCUGCGCAUCUUGUAUAACUGCAACUUGACUACAGGUCAAGCUUACAAAACCUAUACUAGGGACCUUUACCGCAAGUUCAGAGAAGAGUUUGAGCUGAUUGGACGUUAUAAUGCAUUCCAAGUUGGUGCUGAUAUAUUUGAGUUCAGACCGAACCAGGAAUUUGUUGCCAAAUAUGGUUCUCGAAACUACUUGGUGCAGGCAAGGGUGGAGGAGUGUUCCUAUUUGUGUGAGUGCUGUAAAAUGGACAAGGACGACAUCCUCUGUUGCCACAUCCUCAAGGUGUUCACCCAUAUUGGAGUUGAUGUCAUACCGGAAAGGUACCUGCUAAGACGGUGGACACCUACUGCUGUACCUAGUGCGCCAGGGACUGGUUAUGAGCAACCAGAUGAAAUGCCUCCUCAAUCAAAGAAGCAGAUAAGGGAGAGGAACAUGAUAUACGAUUUUCGAAAACUAGCAAAGUUUGCGAGUGGUUCUGAUCCAGCACAAGCUAUUGUAUACAAGCAUAUGCGUGUAGCACGUACCGAGAUCGGUCACCUGAACAAGUCCAAGAAAAAGAAAAAACCGACUGCUGCCACGGGGCCAUUAGAUGAUGGCAACCCUCGAGGACCUCCUCCACCUCCAGACAGCAAUCAGGGGGCUCAUCAUCCAGGUGAUCGUGACGGUCCUACUGCCCCGUUGGAGGCUGCAUCCCUUGCACAAGCUUCUGAUGAUUUUGUGCCUAGGGAUCCUCCAAGGUCUACUACAAAGGGUAGGGCAAAAAGUUGA